AUGCUCUCCCGCUCCCUCAGAUCUUCUCGGAUCAACUUUCGAGUCUCUCCAUCCCUGAAGUUCUCUGGGACUUUUCGCCCUUUGACUGUGAAUCGAGCUCUGGCGACCAUUAACUCUCCCCGUCUUCUCUCCGCGGACUCAAUUGUCCCCCAGUCUCGCCUUUCUACCAUUUCUCGACACUUUUCCUCAUCUUCCACCCAAAGCAGUCCGCAAUCAUCCACCAUGGCUCCCGUGGAAACACAGCAGUAUGACUACAUCGUGCUAGGCGGUGGUAGCGGUGGUAGUGGAAGCGCUCGCCGUGCUGCCGGUUGGUAUGGCAAGAAGACCUUGAUUGUGGAAAGCGGACGGUCGGGAGGUACCUGUGUUAACGUUGGCUGCGUGCCCAAGAAAAUGACCUGGAACUUCGCGACCAUUAACGAGAUGUUGCACAUUGGCAAGAGUUAUGGCUAUGAUAUUCCUGAUAACAUCGCUAUGGACUACACCCAUUUCAAGAACACUCGUGACGCGGUCAUCACCCGCCUGAACGGCGCCUACGAGCGCAACUGGAACCGGGAAGGAAUUGAUCUCGUCCAGGGUCGCGCUGGCUUUGUUGAGCCCCAGACUAUUGAGGUCAAGCUGGCUGACGGCUCCGGUACCGCCCGCUACACUGCGCCGCACAUCCUAUUGGCUACUGGCGGCCGGCCCAACAUUCCCUCCGUCCCCGGUGCUGAGCACGGUAUCACCAGCGAUGGAUUCUUUGAGAUGGAAGACCUUCCCCCAAGAUUGCUGUCGUGGACCCACAUGUUCAUCCGCGGCGAACACUUCCUCCGCAAAUUCGACCCUAUGAUUCAGAAGACCAUGACCGAUCGGUACGAGGCUUCCGGCGUCAAGCUUCACCGUAAUCACACCGGCUUCAAGGAAGUGCAGCUCAUCCGUGACGGCAAGGGCAAGGAUAAGCUGAUCAAGCUCAUUGGUCACGACGGCUCCGAAAUGGAAGUGAACGAGCUCCUUUGGGCCGUGGGUCGUGCCCCCGAGGUCGAGGAUCUGAACCUUGAAAUCCCCGGUGUGAAGCUGAAUGCCGGCGGCCACGUUGUAGUCGACGAGUACCAGAACACCUCGGUCGAAGGUGUCUACGCUCUUGGCGACGUGACAGGCCAAGCCGAGCUGACCCCAGUUGCCAUUGCCGCCGGUCGUCAACUUGGCAGCCGUCUUUUCGGUCCUCCGGAGCUCAAGUCAUCCAAACUCUCGUACGAGAACAUCCCCACCGUCGUCUUCUCCCACCCCGAGGUUGGCUGCGUUGGUCUCACGGAGCCCGAGGCCCGUGAGUGCUACGGUGACGACAAGAUCAAGAUCUACCACACCAAGUUCACGGCCAUGUUCUACGACGUCAUGCCCGCCGAGGAGAAGGCCAAGAACCCGACCGAGAUGAAGAUCAUCUGCGCCGGUCCCCAGGAGAAGGUCGUCGGCCUUCACAUCCUCGGUCUCGGUGUCGGUGAGAUGCUUCAGGGCUUUGGUGUCGCUGUCAAGAUGGGAGCCACCAAGCAGGACUUUGAUAGCUGUGUUGCGAUCCACCCCACUAGCGCCGAGGAGCUUGUGACGAUGCGGUAA